UUCAGUCCGCCUGGAGGAGUCGUGGCUUCAGUUUCGUCAAGAUCUGGAAGAGAUGACUGCGGGAUCAUUCGUGUGGGUGGAAGAUUGGAUCAUGCAUCGCUCACCUACGAUCAACGGCAUCCAAUCCUCGUUCACCGUCGGUCUAAUUUGGCUGAGCUAAUUGUUCGGGCAGCACACGCUCAGACUCUUCAUGGUGGCCUCACGUCGACACAAAGCUUCGUCCGUCAAACGUACUGGAUUCCGCAGGACCGCACUCUCCUCAAACGCAUCCUAAGAAAUUGCGUACGCUGUGUAAGAUUCCAAGGUAACACGGGUACGCAGCAAAUGGGCUCCUUACCUGCUUCACGAGUCCAGCCUGCCAGGGCCUUCCUUCGCAGUGGGGUCGACUAUGCUGGCCCAAUCACCCUCUGCAUGUCAAAGGGUCGCGGCCAGAAGACGGUCAAGGGCUACAUCGCCGUGUUCGUCUGCCUCUGCACCAAAGCUGUCCACCUGGAGCCAGUGUCCGACCUGUCUGCGUCCGCGUUUAUCGCGGCCUUCCGACGGUUCGUCGCGAGGCGAGGACGCUGUGCUCACCUCUUAAGCGACAACGCGACGAAUUUUCGGGGUGCAGAUGCGCAGUUGAAAUCUAUGUUCAAACGAGCUUCUGAAUUUUACAGGGAGGUUGCUGAGCUAAUCGCCAACGAAGGAACGAAUUGGGAAUUUAUUCCACCCUACUCACCUCACUUUGGCGGCCUGUGGGAGGCGGCGGUGAAAUCCGCGAAGAGGCAUCUUCUUCGGUCAGUAGAGGGUCACAGGCUGACCUUCGAAGAACUGACAACAUUAUUGUGCCAGGUGGAAGCGUGUUUAAAUUCACGACCGUUAUCACCACUCACGGACGACCCCAAAGACUUCUCCGCACUAACACCGAAUCACCUCAUUACGGGUCACUCACUGUCGGCGAUUCCGGAAUCACCGGAAAAUUUAAAUUUCGACGGAGGACACAAAAGGUGGGCCCUCGUACAAAAAUUAAUUGAACAUUUUUGGCGUAGGUGGAGUAAAGAAUAUCUGGGCCAACUGCAACACCUUCCGAAGUGGCGGAAGGCGCUUCCUAACCUCCAACUCGGAACCCUCGUCUUGCUAAAGGAGGACUCGACACCACCAACUAAAUGGCCGAUGGCGCGCGUCGUGAAGGUCCACGAGGGAAAAGAUGGCCUAACACGUGUGGCGACCGUCCAGACUGCUACCAGACUGACCACAC